UAAUCGGCCGUAUCAAGUCAGUUUGGCGAAAAUGCAGAUCUUCGUGAAAACCCUAACGGGUAAGACGAUUACGUUGGAGGUUGAAUCCUCCGAYACGAUCGACAAUGUGAAGGCCAAGAUCCAAGACAAGGAAGGCAUCCCACCGGACCAACAACGUCUCAUUUUUGCCGGAAAACAGCUUGAGGACGGCAGAACCCUUGCUGACUACAACAUCCAGAAGGAAUCGACUCUCCACCUGGUUCUYCGUCUUCGUGGUGGCGCGAAGAAGCGCAAGAAGAAGACCUACACUAAGCCGAAGAAGAUCAAGCAUAAGCACAAGAAGGUGAAGUUGAGUGUGUUGCAGUUCUACAAAGUCGAUGAUUCCGGGAAGGUGCAGCGGCUGAGAAAAGAGUGUCCUAAUGCUGAGUGUGGUGCGGGGACUUUCAUGGCGAAUCAUUUCGAUAGGCACUAUUGCGGCAAGUGUGGUCUCACAUAUGUUUACCAGAAGGCUUAAGGUUGAGUAAAUUAGAUAUGUUUCAGUUGUCCUUUCUGAGUUAUGGAUUAUAAUCUUGGAUUUUUGUUGUUAUUUUGUGUUAAGCCUGAAUUUUAGGAUUUUUGAUUUGAAAUUGGAAGUUUUUUGUUAUCAACAUAUCAAGAAAUCUUAGUUGUCUGCAGUGAUUGCUUACUA